AUGUCGAUCAAGGACGAGGUUGGUGCCUGGCGUCAGGAGCUGGAGGCAUCGCACGGUGGAUCACUACGUUUCGCCAUCAACCUCCUACGAAGAAGAUCCUUUGCUGCGUCUCACUCGCGCGUGGAUCAUCGUCGCUUUGGCCGCCAAAGUUUGGCGCAAGACCUUCAAGCGACGGAACUGCAACAAACACUCGACCCAAAUGCUGUCAGCGGUCGGGAGUUCUGGGGGAAGGUCCAUACGGACUACGCAGCAACCAGUGCACGUGAGAGUACCGAGUCAGCAGCAGAGCUGGAGGCUCAAUGGGAGACCAUGUACCCGAGUCUGAGCGGCUUCUUGGCCAAGUUCAGCGAAAACUGGAGGAUCUUCCGCCUCUCGUGCCAAAACGACGGCAAAUGCUGCACGCGGGCGUUUGAAUGGACGAAGACGUCACUUGAGGCCACAUCAGGGAGGACAUUCGAGUACCUGGAAGUGGCGAAACUCCUGGCCCGCCAUGGCCAGUGGUGGAGCGUGCUGAGGCCUCUGUUCAUGCACGAAAAUGGAACGAGCCGUGGGAUACGUGCCCAACGGCAGGUGAAUGAACAGGAGGCAUCUCGUUCAGAAAGUGAAAACGGUCACGGUAAUGCCACUACUCCCGCUCGACGAGUGAGGCGGCGACUGGGUCGUCAUUCGCCGACGUCGAAGCAAACUCCAAAUGUGCGCAGAGAAGAUGAAAACUCUUUGACGGAUCAAAGCAGGCAGGACGAGAUGGACGUGCGAAAGUUGGAGUUGAUGGAGCGCCGCCUCGAUUUCGAUAUCAUGACGCAGAGCGAGGAGGGUCUGUCCACUGAAGCAGUGGAGUACCUUCGCCUCCAACGCCAACUGAUUCUGGAGAAAGCGCGAUUGCUGAGUCAGCAGCGAAUGUGA